UAUUUUCUUUGCUUGCAGAAGGGGCCUACAGCAGUUGCUCCCGUAAAUGAAGAAUCAGCUGACAAGACAAAUUUGGGGUUUAUUCAUGCUUUUGUAGCUGCUAUAUCAGUCAUCAUUGUAUCAGAACUGGGGGACAAGACCUUCUUUAUUGCAGCUAUCAUGGCGAUGCGUUAUAAUCGUUUGACUGUACUGGCUGGUGCCAUGCUUGCCUUAGGACUGAUGACGUGUUUAUCAGUUUUGUUUGGCUAUGCCACCACAGUUAUUCCCCGGGUGUACACAUACUACGUGUCAACUGCAUUGUUUGCAAUCUUUGGUAUCCGAAUGCUUCGGGAAGGCUUGAAAAUGAGCCCAGAUGAGGGCCAGGAAGAAUUGGAGGAAGUGCAAGCAGAAAUCAAGAAAAAAGAUGAAGAACUCCAGAGAACUAAGCUGUUAAAUGGGCCAGUAGAUGUGGAAACGGGGCCUGGUGCAAAUAUACCUCAGAAGAAGUGGCUGCAUUUUAUUUCUCCAAUUUUUGUUCAAGCUUUUACUUUAACAUUCUUAGCAGAGUGGGGUGACCGUUCACAGUUAACAACAAUAGUCCUGGCAGCGAGAGAGAUCUUUCUCAGUGCUGCUAAUGACCACUUUGUGUUUGCUCAGGAUCCCUAUGGCGUGGCAGUGGGUGGAACAGUGGGACAUUGCCUUUGCACUGGUUUAGCAGUUAUUGGAGGACGAAUGAUCGCACAAAAAAUCUCUGUUAGGACUGUGACAAUCAUAGGAGGCAUUGUUUUCCUGGCAUUUGCAUUCUCUGCACUAUUUAUAAGCCCAGACUCUGGUUUUUAAUGAGCAUUACCUUUAAAGAGCAAGGAUCACGAGCAAAAGCAGGUUCUUGUAAUUUCUGUAUAUAAUGUACAGUAAUAUAGUUAUACAAGCACUGAAGAUGACACUGUACUUUUAUUAGCAAUGAUUUGCAAGUUUGGCACUCUGCUGGACAUUUUUCUGCGAUGGAGAUAUGCUGAUUGUCUGGUUUUGCAGAGCAUAUUUUUUUGUGGUGCUUGCUCCUCCCUUGGGCAGUGAGUAGUUUUUUAUGGCUGUCCCUGGCUCAGAUGGAUUUGAGAAUCUGCAUCUACAAACACAAGGCCUCUUUCCUCCUUUCUCUGUUGCAUGUGGCUACCAUUGCCACUUCUAGAUCUUAUGCAUCUGGCUGGAUGACAGGCCUUCUGCAGCUGACAGUAAUGUAAUGUUACAAACUGCUCCAUAAAAAAUAUCACCUUGAAGUCCAACACUGAUUCCAGGAUGCAUCUGAUCUUGGGUAGACUGCGCAGCAAGAAACCGAAGAGCAGUUCCUUACCAACAAACAACAGAGCCACCUACAGAAUUUUUAAAUUUAUUUAAAGGGAAAACCUAUAAUCAGGGGUUUUUAUCAGGAAGUUGACAAGUGCUGAUUCACAACCUGCUGUUUCAAUAUACAAUCUGUCUAGAUAUAAUUUUUCUUUACUGGACUAGUUCCUUUUUUGUAUUAAGUUGAUAACUACAAAUAUAUGUCAGAGUAACAAAAUCAUCCAGAUCUGACCACACUGCAUUCCAAGCAUUUGAACAAUAAUGGAUUUAGAUUUGAUGCAUUCAUAAUCUUAUUUUUAGAAAUAGAAGUGUAAUCUGGAGGAACCAUAAAUAAAACACUGGUGUCUCCAUUUCAGUUAUUUUCAAUUCCCUUUGUGGUGAUGUUUUACUUGACCCCUUAAUAAAGAGCAACAUACUAACUACUUAUUAAAGGUCA